AUGACUGCGCCGACUGGAGCUCAAGAUGCUGUCCUCCGACCUUCCGACCCCGUACCCGAAGGAGCCAUUCCUGUGACUGGACUCGAUUUCGACAACUUCGCCAACCGCAACAUCACCGCAGCCGAGAUGGUAGAAAACAUGACCAACAUGGGUUUCCAAGCAAGCUCAGUCGGACAAGCAACAAAGAUCAUCAACGGAAUGGUAAAUCCAUCUCGAGACUCCGAGACCGACAAGCCGACUAACUCGAGGACGACANNGCGUGAAUGGCGUGAUGAAGAGACGGGGCAAGGCACAACUAUCUUCCUGGGAUACACAUCAAACCUCAUUUCGUCUGGUCUGCGAGAGACUCUGCGGUGGUUGGUACAGCACAAGCAUGUUUCGGCCAUUGUCACAACUGCUGGAGGUGUUGAAGAAGACUUCAUCAAGUGUUUGGCCCCGACAUACCUGGGUGCCUUCUCCACGCCCGGAGCAUCUCUGAGAGCCCAGGGCAUGAACAGAAUCGGCAACUUGAUCGUGCCCAACGAUAACUACUGCGCGUUCGAGGACUGGGUCGUACCGAUCCUGGACAAGAUGCUGGAAGAACAAGAGUCAUCCAAGGGCACAGAGGACCCCAUCUAUUGGACUCCUAGUAAAGUCAUCAACAGACUCGGAAAGGAGAUCAACGACGAGCGCUCCGUAUACUACUGGGCAUGGAAGAAUGACAUUCCCGUCUUCUGCCCUGCUCUGACGGACGGAAGCUUGGGUGACAUGCUGUACUUCCACACGUUCAAGGCUUCACCAGCGAUGCUGCGUAUCGAUAUUGUUGAAGACAUCCGUAAGAUCAACACAAUCGCAGUCAGAGCCAAGCGUGCAGGCAUGAUCAUCCUGGGAGGCGGCAUCGUCAAGCACCACAUCGCCAAUGCUUGCCUCAUGCGCAACGGAGCAGAGAGCGCCGUCAUCAUCAACACAGCCAACGAGUUUGACGGAAGCGACGCAGGCGCACGACCAGACGAGGCCGUCAGCUGGGGCAAGAUCAAGAUAGACGGCGAGAGCGUCAAGGUCUACGCCGAGGCGACGGUUGUGUUCCCUAUGAUCGUUGCAGCAACAUUUGCCAAGGUGGCUUGA